AAACACAUGGAAUUCAUUGGAGCGUACUCCUCACCGUUCUGGCUGGGUGUAUGUGCCAUUCCAAUAUACGAACAUCUGACAACUAUCGAAGAGACUUUUUCAACCCCUACCACUCGCUUAUUUUACCAGAUGGCAGGGAAACCACAGUCUACUUACUGAAAGAUAUUACUAAAAGGUACUAUUUUUCAUUGCAAGAAAACAGUUCUCACUUCUCAAUCACUGUGACUCCUUGUGAUGUACCUAUUGAAUGGAGUAUCCUACAGUACAGGGCAUCACAUGCAUUCCAUGGAAAAGCAGCAGAAAAAUACAGAUCAUUUGAUGACCUAAAAGCUCGAUCCUACUACAAGACCGCGUCUAUACUUUUCCAUUAUAAAGGAAACUCAGUUGAAAACUAUGUUGGCACAUCUUCGCAUUCUUCAAUUUUUGUCCUGGAAUUUCUCUCUACUGAGAGAGACACUCACAUCUCAGUGUAUCUCACAACUGAUUUGGCUCAUGGUAACCUAUUUCCUGAGCUUCCAGGGGAUCCUCGGAUUGACAUCAGCUCAGUCAACCACAAUUCUGUUUCCCUUGUCUGGAAACCAAGUCCAUCUGCCACAAAGCAGAAGGAGAACGUUCAAUAUUGUGUUCUUGUCAACGAAAAGCAUAACUACAAAAGUUUGUGUGCUGCUGACACUGCAAUACGCUCUGCAAACAGAAAAUGGCCAAAGUUACCAAGUUACCCCAUUUCACAAUAUCUUGAUGACCAUCAUCAGGUAAUGCUCCUUUCAAACAGUGAUAUUAGUGUUAUUCACAGAUCCAACAAUAUAGAUGUAAGGCAAAUGUGUAUUGGAAACAAAAACACAUACACAGUUUCCAAUUUGAGCUCUAACACUCAGUAUUACAUUGACGUAUUUGUUGUCAAUCUCCUAACAAAUGCUAGUGUUGCCUACACAGGUACCUUUGCAAAAACCUGGAUGGAGCCUAAGCCUAAGGUUAUGCCUCUAAAAGAUGGUAAAGUAGUUCAAAUCAGGUUUGAUGGUAAAAAACUAAAAGUUUACAGCUUUGAGUACCAGACAGUAGAUAAAAAAGUCCAAUUCACAUUGCAGACAUGCAGAGGACAAAUACGAGCUCAAAUAUCAAGAAAUGGUAAGUUGCUGGUAUCAGAAACCAUUCAAGGUCUAAGACAUAUAACAUUUAAAGGAAAAAUGAUGGAUAAAUACUUAGCUGUUUUUAAAUCAUCAGAUGUAAUGCCAAAUGCAUCUGCCAUGAUUCAGGCAUCAUCCCAUAUCCACAAAACCUUAUUCCCAUUUUUUCCAUCAAGUAUGAAGAUUAAAUCCUUCAACAAGCUAAGAACCUGUGACUCAAUAACAAUUGCCUGGCUUGGUACACAGGAAAGGAACAUGUAUUGUGUCUAUAAAAAGAAGAUUCAAGAAGAUGAGAUUUGGAGAGAAACCUAUAAUGUUGACCAGUGCUUAGGACCCGAAUUGCGGCCAAGAUCGGAAAAAGUUCUCUGCAAGUACUUCCAUGAUAUCAAUGUCCAGAAAGCAGUGACUACAGAAACUAUUGGUGGUCUAGAGAAAGGCACACCAUACCUAUUCGAUGUGUAUCUUGUUGGAUCCUCUGGAAUACUUGUUCGAUAUCAGAGUAAAGUUGUUAAGACUAGAAAAACAUGUUAAAUGCAGAUUUUUUUUACUUGCU